GUUCGGAUGUUCGCAGACGGCGCACGAGCUUGGUUGUAGUAGUUUUUCUCGCGAAGCGUCACGGGGUGAGAUCGCACGGAAGCGAAGGUUGCGCCCGUGACCGCGCCCGCCCGCCGCGACCGCGACAACCGCCCGCCGACACCGCGCAGUAUCGUGCCGCGCUCGCUCAUCCUCGGACCUCGAUCUGCGCUAUCAUCCAACGGAAGCAGUGCGCCGACCUCAGUGAAGUGAUGUGCUCGUGUUGAUUUCGCCGAUGAUGUGCAAGCGGCGAGUGAGUGCAGUGACGCCUCCAAGCGGCAAAGGUGAAGGACGGCGUCGGCGACAGCGACCGUAGCUCGUCAUGUGGAAGUUGCUGAUGCCGCUGCUGGCGCUGGUCGCCUUCGGUGGCGGGGCCACGUUCCCGGCCAACAAAGAGCUUCUCGAGUGUGCUAGCCAGAUCCUGUAUAUGGAUCAGCAUUCGUACCAAGUUCCAACAGACUACAAUAGAAACAUUCCACCAGGUAAAAACACUACAGUGUACAUAGGCGUCAAUAUCAUCCGAGUUUCUGGGGUCGAUGAGAACAAACAGGAGAUAACACUAGACGUAUUUCUGCAAGUGUCAUGGACGGAAGAUCGAUUGAACGUGCCGCAUCGGGUUCCGUUCAUCGACCUGCCGUGGGAGUUCAGGCAGCUCAUCUGGACGCCGGACCUGUACAUCUGGCAGCUACAGACCAUGAAGAUACUGUCCGUCCUACAGGAGAUGGCUUCGCUCAGACUCUACGCUAACCGAACCGUCACAGUCAGUAUUGGAGCGACAAUAACAAUCAAAUGCGACAUGGACUUCGUGCUGUAUCCGUUAGACGUGCAGAACUGUGACAUCGACUUCGGUAGCUACAAGUACACAACUGAGGAUGUUCGGUUCGAGUGGAGAGAGGUGGCCCGGUGGCUAGGUCUAGGUCCAGUCGGCAACGAGCGGAGCGAGUUCCGCCUCCCAAAAUACGUAGUCACUUUCGUCACGGCCAAAAGUAAUCAUAUUCACAUAUUUGGUGAAGGCAUGUUUCUAGGCGAACAUUCCGCGGCGCGAAUGCAGAUAAUACUAUCACGAGAACUCAGGAGCUACCUGUUGGAGAGCUACCUGCCGUCCUCGCUGUUCGUCAUCAUAUCCUGGGGCAGCUUCUGCGUCAUACCAGAAAUCGUCCCUGGACGAAUGGUGCUUCUGGUUACGACACUUUUGUCUUUAGUCACCAUGUUUGAUACUGUCAGUACGAACUCACCUGACGCAUUGGAACUGAAAUGCAUCGAGGUGUGGCUUAUAUCGUGCACGAUAUUCGUAUUCCUGGCAUUACUAGAGUAUUUCGUGGUGCUCUUUGGCAUCCGGUACGACAAAAGCUGGAGCCGCCGACGGCAGGACCUGCGCAGAGCGGCCUCUGCAGCCCAACUGGGACCGCCGCCGCUACACAUCAACCAUUUGCAGAGACUAAGCACUCCCGUGACUGGAACGCCCCAGGGAGGGAUGUUCUCACCCACUUUGAGCGUUGAAGAUGAAGGUCUCAAGCAACAGUUUGAACACCAAGCAAUUCAAAGGGAUUCACCGAUCCUGGAGUCGAUACCGCCGGGGGGACGAGCCACUGGCUUCGUGACCAGAAUGAGAGGGAUCAUCGACAACGGGGUCAUGUUCUGCGGAGCCCAGCACGGGGCGCUCGAUAAAUACGCUCUCAUGAUCUUCCCCAUGUGUUUUCUGCUCUUCAAUGUAAUUUACUGGACCACGUACUUAAGUUGAGCGCUUCGGCGGACACGAGAUUAAUAAAAUCGUGCCGUAUCACAGUUGACGAGACAAUGUUGUUAUAAAGUUUACAAACAUCCUAAUACGUCUUAUAAGUUAAUCAAUAUUCACGUAUUACGACGAUAAACCAUAUUAUGUAAAUAUAAUCGUUUGUACAGUGAUUAUGGAUAUUCGCUUUGGUGAUAAUAUGUACUUAAUUGUAUUUAAUUAUAGUUGUUAUACAAUGCUCAUCGAUUAUACAAAGCCCCGACAUAUAAUAGACGUAAGAUGGCAAUAUAGGGACCACAUGUGAGCUCAGUACAAAAUAUUCUAAGCAAUAAGCCUUUUUAGGAACAGGUGCCUUGAUUAUUCGAUUUU